AUGGCAGAGGUCUCGGAGAAGGUGCCCAUCGCCCGAGCGGGGCCCGACGAUGUGGAGCAGUGCCUUCCCGCCACGUACGCGGCGGCGGCGGCGGCGCCCGGUGCAGGGCGGCUGCUGAAGGCGGGGGCGGCAGUGCUGAUCGCUGGAGCCCUCCUCCUGCUGGCCGGGGCCAUCGGCGCCUUCUACUUCUGGAAAGCCACCGAGCGGCAGGUGUAUAAUGUUCACUAUACUAUGAGCAUUAAUGGAAAAGUACAAGAUGGAUCAAUGGAAAUAGAUGCUGGAAACAACUUAGAGACAUUCAAAACAGGAAGUGGAAGUGAAGAGGCUGUUGAAGUUCAUGAUUUUCAGAUUGGCAUAACUGGGAUUCGUUUUGCUGAAGGAGAAAAGUGUUACAUCAAAGCUCAGCCAAAAGCUCAUGUCCCCGAAGUUGAUGCUAUGGCUAAAGCAAGCCUCUCAUCUGAGCUGGAAGAUGAAAUCAUGCCUGUAAGAUUUGAUGAAAACUCCCUUAUCUGGGUGGCUGCAGACGAGCCUAUCAAGCACAACAAUUUCCUAAGCCCCAAAAUUUUAGAGCUUUGUGGGGAUCUUCCAAUUUUCUGGCUGCGACCAACAUAUCCCAAAGUUAACCAAAGGAGAGAAAUGAAGAGAAACAAGCGCCAAUCGGAGUCAAAUUUUGAUAUGGAAGACUUGGAAGCUGCUAGUGAAGAAGUGUACUCCAGGUCAGCCACCAUGCAGCUGAAUCAAGACCUUGAUCAUCUGUCUAAUGAAACCAGGCCAAUGGGACAAGAGACCGAUCAAACACUUAAUCCAGACAACCCAUACAGUCAACUGGAAGGUGAAGGGAUGGCUUUUGACCCCAUGCUGGAUCACCUGGGCGUGUGCUGCAUUGAAUGCAGACGAAGUUACACACAAUGCCAGAGAAUCUGUGAGCCUCUCAUGGGCUACUACCCAUGGCCUUACAACUACCAAGGCUGUCGUACUGCCUGCCGAAUCAUUAUGCCCUGCAGCUGGUGGGUGGCUCGUAUCAUGGGUGUCGUGUGA